ACCCCCAUGACAUAAAUAUUCAAACAAAACAAAACCAAAUAUUGUCUUGCUUAAUUUGUAACACCACUUCAGACUAAAAAUGGCAGCAACAGCGGUUCGUGUGUUUGGCAGACCAAUAACUCAAGGAACUCGUACCCAAAGGGCCCAAGCAGCCAAGAACUACCAAAACGCCGAUGGCAAGCUCGACCAGGUGUUGCAGGCUUCGAUCCACUCUCAGAAAGCCGCAGCAGGAGGGGCCAACGCAGCUACUGUUAGCACCACACUUGGCAGGAUUUACAAUGCCACAGGUGACCCUGUAACUUAUGUGACUGCAUACGAUUGGGAGGGAAAAAUGAUUGGGCAGUACCCCGUUAACAUCCAAAACGGGCAGUGGGCUAUUUUUGAACAUGUUGGCACUCGUGGCUCAAACCGCCAAGGAUCAAUUGGUGCUCUUGUGUACAACAUCCAGGAGUGCUGUGAUUCAAUAAUCGCUUGGAAUAACCCUUGGAACAGAAAAAACACUGCUUAUUGUGAGAUGAAUGAUCCGGGAUAUUAUGAUGACCCUACUGUUCGGGAUGCAUUCUUGGAAAAGCUUAAGGCUUCUGGUACUGAAUGUCAAGCAAGUUUUGAAGGUUAUGCUACAAAAGUAAGUAUUGAUGCAGAAGGCAACACUCCAACUUUCAGUGCCAUUUUCUAUCUCGACAUUUAGAUAGUGCGAUCAAUGUAAUUAAAAAUAAGGUUGCAGCCGCUGAGUAUUCCAGUUAUGUGUGCUUGUAAUAUAUAUAACAAUAAGCCAAACAUACUAACGUAGUAUAAGAUGAUUGGCUAAAGUAUCACAUAAAUAAAACGUUGUCUUGGUCUGUACUUGAUCGACAUUAGUGUAAUAUAACGUUUUACUUAUGUUAAAUGAAAUGUUUUCUUUUUGUCCUA